ACGAUGAUAAAGGAACUGUAUCAGCAGACCGAGCCAAAGUCGCACCGUCCGAGCUACGCCAACAAGGCGGUCAUACUGAGCAGCGCCAAGUGGGAGCAAAUGUGGAAGAAGGUCACCAAUCCGGCCGAGAAGGAAACGGAGGUACUGUGCCAGCAGGAGCGCGAGUUUCGUGAGUAUCUUAAGAAUGGUUCGAAAAAGAUGACCAGCACGUGGGAAAACACGGUGCAGAACAUACGCGACAAGAAGGAAGCGGAACGGUUGCGGCGUGAUAAGGCCAAGGUGGAGGAAGAUCAGCGUCACUAUCGUGAAUUAAAGGCAGCGGACGAGAUAAAGCGCAAAGAGCUCAUCCAGAAGGCGGAAGAUCUCAUCCAGAAGGACAAGGUGGGACCAAGGGUGCUGGAGAGUGCGUCCAAGUUUUGUGAGGUGUUGAAGGGUCGCGAAAUGCAGCGCCAGUUUCGCUUGGAGCAGGAACAGAUGCAGCAGCUGCGCAAACAGUCGAUCGAUACGCAAACACUGUCCCAGGCAAACCAUUGGCUAAAGUCACACGGCGACCGUUUGCUCGAGGAUCGCCAGCGGUUCGACAACUACAAACGCGAGCUGAAAGAGACGAUGAUUCGCAACCAGCAGCUGCAGCGUCAGCGUAAGCAAGAUCUUAUCGCCGAGGAGCAGCAAAGUCUGGAGGUGAUCGAGAGCGAGAUGCGUCGUCAGCAGGAACGCGACCGGAAGGCAUUGGAGGAGAGCAAAGAGAUGCGUCGCAUGAACGCACUGGAAGCGAUCCGUAUGGCCGAAGACAGGCGAACACGGUUACGGCGUGAGUCGGAAAUAGAGGACGCUCUGUUGCAAAUCUACUGCGAUGGGCAGCAGAAUAUAGCCAGCUUCAAGCAGGGCAUACACGUGACCAAACAUCGGUUCCGGGACAACUCGCACCAGCUAACGGAAGCGAUAGAACGUCAACGGGCAGCACUGGCCCAGGAAGAGCGUAAUCAGGCUCGUGCCGCCGAAGAGAAGGAUCGUAUCGCUACGAUUAAGGAACGCGAACAGACGGAACAGCAGAAGCAGCUGAAGGCGGCCCGCAUGCAGGCCCAUCUGGACGAGAUCGAAUGGCAACGGCAGCGGGAAGCCGAAGAAGCCGUCCUCACGCGGCGCGAGUACGAGGAACGGCUGCGUAACAUUGACGUAACGUUCGGCUUCGAUCGCCACAAGGUGACGGACAAAACGAUCAAAACGUACGCCCAGCGCAAGCUGCUGCUCGGUCAGAUGGUGGAGAAGGAGGUACGUGAACGUCGGGAAGCGGACACAACGGCCGAGCUGCGGUACGCGCGGGAACAUGCGGACAAGGAAAACCGUCACUUCCUACAGUACGCGCAGGAUCUGAUCAGCGAUGCCAAAGUGAAGGGACGUCCAAUACUGCCACUGCUCAAAACGGUACAGAGCUACAAGCGUGAACACUUUCACGACUUCAAGGAUGCGGACGUAGUGCCGCAACACUUGCUGUCCCGUGUGCCGAUCAACAAUAAGCUGAUGGAGCAAGGGUUGCUGGACGCGAUGCCGACCCGCCAGAAAGCGCUCGUGCUGCCGAAACGGAUGCCACCGAAAGCACUCGAAGCGCUGGUGAAGGACGAACAGCCGAGCGAUAAAAAUAGUACACCGACGGUCGAUUCCAAAACGAGCGCCGAAGACAUGAAACAGCGAUUAUAA